AUGGCAGUUGCUCCAAAAAAAUCUAAAAACAGAAAGGCGUUUCGGAAUGUUCCAUAUGAGCCGCAAGGAUUGGAGAGAACUGGAAACAAGAGUACCUUAGAAUACAAUGCAGCAUUGAAGAAAUCACCAUUUACGAAUCAUGAUAACAUAAAGCAAGGGAAAAACCCAGUUUUCACAUUUCCUGUACCGAUGGGAGAUCCACUAAAAGGCUCAUUGCUUAAUGAUGAGGUGGAUAUGCAUUUUCCGAGAAAGCACUUCUUGAAUAAAUUCCAAUUAUAUAACGACUUACUCGAAAAUGUCAUUUCAAAACCUAUACCUGUUGACAAAAUCAUUCCACCGAAUCUUUUCCCCAUUCCUUAUGUUGAAGGUAUCCCUUAUAAGAACAAAAGGACUGAGCUGCUGAAAGAUGUCAAUGAUUACAAUCUCUCUCAAGAACAAAUUGUGAGCAAUGAAGAAAUUAUAUCAAAUGAUGAAGCCCCAUCAAACAAAGUAACGUCUGUUGAAAAAGAGAAUCCAAAGAAGGAAGACAAUUUGGAUGGGCACAAGAACACCACGAAGAAAGAAACAAUACCUGAAGGUACUGCUACCAAUGAAGAUGCUUCCCGGGAAAUUGCUGAAAAUGAAAGUCUGGACAAGGGGAAUAAUGAAAGCUCUUUAAAGCUUGAAAAAGAAAAAAAUGGGACCAGUAUCGAUAAUAAACCUAGUGUAAGUGAUGACAAUCUAAGCGACUACGACCCUGAUUUUAUAGACUAUCAAAUUCCGUAUCCAAAGGAAAGUGAACAUGUUGGCAACAUUCUUGACGAUUAUCUUAAUAUGCGUUUAAAGUGCAGGCCAGCAACAGACUUUUUUUUUGGGGAUUCAAGGUUGAUGAAACUUCAAGAAAGAUGCUUUUCAGAGCAGGUGCAUUUAGAAUCUGAAGCUUUAAAAAGAAAGUUAUACGUUUCUGAGAAAUAUAAGUAUAAACUAGAAUCAAUGAAAAGUAUGCAUGAAGAAUAUAGGACAUUCACAGCCAACUCACUUAAAAGCAUUGAGGAGAAACUAGAACUAAUAGAGGCUGAACUGAAAUCCAAAUUCAAUGUAACUUUUGCUGAUGCUAAACUCCCUGUUGAGUUUCAUAAUCUAAACGUUGAAAUGAAUAAGCAAGAAAUAAGUGUCGAAGACUAUAACUUUAAGUACAAGUCGGAAAGACAACCAUUCAAUCCAACUAGUGGUAUUGUUUCAACUAAUGAUAUAUCUGAAGAAAAAAAGGAAGGAGAUAGUGAGGAUCAACACCGGGAGAUAGUUGAUGAUACUAAUAUUGAUCAAAAUUUCGAUUUUGAUAUGUACGAGUCGGGGGCAUAUGCCAAUGAUGGUGGCAAUGCGGAAGACGGAGAGUUUGCUUCAUUAAGUAAUGAUGUUUUCCUAAAUAUUUGA